UCGCACGAAAUAUCGAGUCAACUGAAAAUCUGAGCUAGAACACAACGCCUAGAAACGCCGAUUUCGAUUAACCUCACAGGUGUAUAUAGAUGGGUAUACCUAUAAAAACAAUAACGCACAUGGGAAGGCAUUCAGUUGUACCAGUGACUUACUAUGUGUCAAUUCAGUCGACUUUUAGUUUUGCAAUUAAUAUUAUAUUUUGCAAUUGGCCAUAUUUAUGGGUCCCCGCAAAUUUUUGGCGGGUGUCCGGUGACACAAAAAAAAUAUCCAUAUUAUGUGCGUCUGCACUAUUAUGAAAAGUUCGAUUGCGGCGGUUCGUUGGUGCGGAAUAAUGCUGUACUCACGGCUGCCCACUGUGUCAAGGGCAAAAAUGUGGAGAAGCUGAGCGUACACACGGACACUAUUAAUUUGGGCGACCCUGGAGUGGUGAGAACGAUCAGGACCACGCUGGUUCCAAACGAAUACAAUGCGGGGACACUAAAUUAUGAUGUAGCGGUGUUGAUACUCUCCUCUGCCAUACCGCGUGCAUCCGUGAUACGAUUGGCAAGGAGCGCCGUGCCUGUCGGUACGAGUUGCCUGGUUAUGGGUCAUGGCAGAACCAAAGAAAACGGCGCCUUCUCAAAACAAUUGCAAGAGAUCCAUGUACCUGUCAUGAGUCGGAAAGUUUGUCAGCGCAUAUAUGGUAACUACGUUAUUACACAAUUUAUGAUGUGCGCUGCGAAAAACGCACUCUGUAAUGGUGAUUCUGGCGGUCCGAUGAUAUGCAACGGUAUACAGGCGGGCAUUGUUUCGUGGGGUAAGGGUUGUGGGUUUCCGGACGUUUACACAGAUAUAAGCAAGGUGUAUCCUUUCAUUGAAAGGGCACUUAAUUUGAAUGCGUAAGCAGGAAGCGAAGCAGAAUUGUAUAUUUUUGCAAUAAGUACUGUUAUCUGCUAUUAA